UUUCGAAGGCUUACUAAAUUGAUUUUAGGUCUACUAAUAUGUAGAAUAUACGUAUAAUUUUUUUUCCCGAUGUACCAUGGUUUUUCUUCCUGAUUGGGUGGGGGGGGGGUACCUCUCCCAGACGAGGUCCCAGGUCCCCGGUCCAUCCACCCUCCACUGGCACCAUCCCUGUUAUCAUUAUCAUUAGCAUCAUUAUCAUUAACAUCCAUUAUUGUAAUUUUCAUAUUAUCAUUUAUUUUUACUUAUAGCAUCAAUCACUAUCUUGCCUUGCUUGAUUUCAUAUACUGUGACAAAUAUAUGCACAUGAAUGCCAUAUGUUAAUUUGAGUCUUGAUCCCAUAUCUAUCAAUGUCCCAUGUACUUGUUGUUCACCUGUGUAAAUAUUGCACUUCUUUGUUAAUUAAAAUUUUGGAUUGCAAUUUUGUGUUACUAAUCUCUUCAGAAGAUGUGAAGAUUUGCAAUUCAUUACACAACAUACUAUGUCAUUAGUAUUUUUAUCGUAUCGGAUUUUGAUAUGAUGAAUUCCUUAAUAAUUUUCAUUUAAUGUUGAAUUUAUGGCUUAUAUGCUUAUGUCUAUAAUCAUUAUUUUUUAAUGACUAUACAAAUGAAAACAAAUCAAAAACUAUGAAUUAAAAAAUAAGUCAUAAGUAUUUAUCAUGUCUUGACACAAAUUAUGUGGAUUUUUUUUUUACCAAUCAAUUUCCUGAUGGCAAAAAUAAUUGAGAACACCAAAUAUACAUGGCAAGAGUAAUUUUAAAGGCAGCGCAUACAGCAUGUAAAGAAGCUGUGUAUAUUGAAGGAUCUGGCAUGACAGUCCUUAAAAUAAACCCUCGAACCCCUACCUCUAAAUAGUAGAGUGCAAAAUGUAAACAAGACAAUUAUGUCUUUUUACAUAUAUUUUAAGGAGUGUCAUGUCAUAUUGGUGGUAUUAAUUUAUAGCUGUUGCAUACAUUUGAUAGUUAACUAUUUGUUUACAGCACCCACAACAUAACAAAAUUACAUCAUAUUUAAUAUGAUAUUCAUCAUAUCAAUUGCUUAAACAUUACAUAAAAGAGGGUGCAAUUACCACUAUUAAUACUAAAAUAUUAUAAGACGUGAAAAAAUAUUUAUUUUUUAAAUACUGUAUUUGAAAUGUAUUCUUUUGUAUCAUUUCAUUUAAUUUUCUUUGUUUCUCGGUAAUUGUGUGUGUGAAUUUACUGGAAUGUUGUUUUGUGCUUGUAAGGUGUGGACAGGUUAUUUGGAGGAAAACUUAUUCUUUUCUUCUGCUGCAGGUUGCCACCUAGCAAUGAAAUUGACCACACCCGAAUGUUACAGUAUAUGAAAUACACAUUGGAUAAACAUGUUGAGGAGGAUUAUACUUUGGUCAUUUUUCAACAUGGACUAACAUGGAGAAAUAGUCCGUCAUUCCGCUGGCUAGCGCAAGCGUACAAUGAAUUAGAAAGGAAAUAUAAAAAAAAUCUAAAGAGGUUAUACAUAGUACAUCCAUCUUUCUUAGUUCGAAUUGCAGUGGCUUUAUUCAAACCUUUCAUCAGUUCAAAGUUCUACCACAAGAUACAUUAUAUUCAAUAUAUAAAAGAUUUGCAGCACAUCUGCUGGGUUGAUACUCUACAGAUACCAGAGGAAGUGCGAAGGUAUGACCGAAAAGAGAUGCUGAACCAAGGAAAGAUUGUACCAGAUACAACAAGAGUACCAAACUCCUGGCAAAGCAGAUCAUCUGGAAGUUACCCAGAUGACAUUCCUCCGACACAGCAGUUUGGAGUUUCAUUACAAUUUCUGAAGGAUAAUAAUAAUGGUGAUCCAAUACCGCGAGUUAUGAAGGAAACGAUCGCUUACAUCCGAGAAAACGGGCUAACAGUAGAGGGCGUGUUUCGCAGAUCACCAAAUGCACGAAUGGUGAAGGUUAUACAGAAGCAGUAUGAUCUUGGAGAGCAUGUUGACUUUGAUGAGUACAUGGACAUUCGUAUUCCCUGUCUUAUACUUAAGAUGUUCUUUAAGGAGUUACCUGAACCGAUCUUAAGCAAUGACCUUUACCCACAUAUUCUCUCAAUUUAUGAUAUUCCAGAUGAGAAUAUUCGAGUGGAGAUCUGCCGACAUCUAAUUAGCGAAAAGAUUCCGGAUGAUAAUUACUUAGUUCUUGACUAUCUAAUGAAGCUUUUGUUAGAGGUUGUCCAACACAGUGAUAAGAACAAGAUGUCUGCUUCAAACAUUGCCGUUGUGUUCGGUCCAAAUCUUGUGUGGUCACCGGGUCAGACGGUCUCAUUAGAAGCACCUCGCGCUAUCACGGUCUUCAUCACAACACUUCUCAUGCACUAUCAUGAUAUUUUUGUCCGUGAGAUUUUCAAUGCAAACUCGGUUAACGUUGAUCACAAAUUUUUGGGGGAAGAUGUGUGAAAAUGUUAUAUAGAAAUUGCAAGACAAAAUAUGUUAAGACAAAACUAGAGAGGGAGGCAGACAAGAGAAUAACGGAAGCGGGAGCAACAGAAGAUAAACUAGAGAGGGAGCUGUUGAUAAAAAUUAGUACCAUGAGGAGAAGCCUUUAAGGAAGAAUGAACUUUCUGACAGUGAACUUUUAAACUAUUUCGAAGAACUAAUGAUUGUUGGUUGUGUUGUACUUUUGGCUGCAGAGGCCUUGCAUGGAGAACAGAGUUCUAGAACUCAGAAGCGAUGG